UGUUCCAGUUCACUAUGAGACAAGAAUGGCCUGUGGGCUCGUCAAGGGCCAUGCCUACUCUGUCACUGGGCUGGAGGAGACCCUGUUCAAGGAUGAGAAAGUGAAGUUGGUGCGGCUGCGGAAUCCCUGGGGCCAGGUGGAGUGGACCGGCUCCUGGAGUGACGGCUGGAAGGACUGGAGCUUUGUGGACAAAGACGAGAAGGCCCGUCUGCAGCACCAGGUCACUGAGUGUGGAGAGUUCUGGAUGUCAUAUGACGAUUUCAUCUACCAUUUCACGAAGCUGGAGAUCUGCAACCUCACAGCCGAUGCCCUGGAGUCCGACAAGCUUCAGACCUGGACGGUGUCCGUGAAUGAGGGCCGCUGGGUGAGGGGCUGCUCCGCUGGAGGCUGCCGCAACUUCCCAGACACUUUCUGGACCAACCCCCAGUACCGUCUGAAGCUCCUGGAGGAGGACGAUGACCCUGAUGACUCUGAGGUGAUCUGCAGCUUCCUGGUGGCCCUGAUGCAGAAGAACCGGCGGAAGGACCGGAAGCUGGGGGCCAACCUCUUCACCAUCGGCUUCGCCAUCUACGAGGUUCCCAAAGAGAUGCACGGGAACAAGCAGCACCUGCAGAAGGACUUCUUCCUGUACAACGCCUCCAAGGCCAGGAGCAAAACCUACAUCAACAUGCGGGAGGUGUCCGAGCGCUUCCGCCUGCCUCCCAGCGAGUACGUCAUCGUGCCCUCCACCUACGAGCCCCACCAGGAGGGGGAAUUCAUUCUCCGGGUCUUCUCUGAAAAGAGGAACCUCUCUGAGGAAGCUGAAAAUACAAUCUCCGUGGAUCGGCCAGUGCCACGGCCUGGCAACACUGACCAGGAAAGUGAGGAACAGGAGCAAUUCCGGAACAUUUUCAGGCAGAUAGCGGGUGAUGACAUGGAGAUCUGUGCAGAUGAGCUCAAGAAUAUCCUCAACAAUGUUGUGAAUAAACAUAAGGACCUGAAGACACAAGGGUUCACACUGGAGUCCUGCCGCAGCAUGAUUGCGCUCAUGGAUACGGAUGGCUCUGGGAGACUGAACCUGCAAGAGUUCCAUCACCUCUGGAAGAAGAUUAAAGCCUGGCAGAAAAUUUUCAAACGCUAUGACACAGACCAAUCCGGCACCAUCAACAGCUAUGAGAUGCGAAAUGCAGUCAAUGAUGCAGGCUUCCACCUCAACAGCCAGCUCUAUGACAUCAUUACCAUGAGAUACGCAGACAAACACAUGAACAUUGACUUCGACAGUUUCAUCUGCUGCUUUGUCAGGAUGGAGGGCAUGUUCAGAGCUUUUCAUGCAUUUGACAAGGAUGGAGACGGUAUCAUCAAACUCAACGUUCUAGAGUGGCUGCAGCUCACCAUGUAUUCCUGAACCAAGCUGGCCUCCGCCGAGGCCAUGCAGGAUCGCCCAGGAUUUCGAUUUCCCCCAAUAUAGCUAGAGCCACUUAUCUGAAAAAGACACGGUAGCUACACCCCCAACAGACCUCCAGGCACCUCAUCGGUCUUGUUCCUCCUCUACGUCACUCCCCACUUGGCCUCAGGACAUCUGUCCAUCUGUCAUGCCUAGACUGACCCUUUAGUUAAGGAAUGAGGAAGGGAGAACACUUUUGUCCCUUUGCCAUAUGGAGGCAAGUGUCUGUCUGCCUCAGCUAGCUGUAGCCCAGAUGAGAGCUUCGCUUGGAAUCUGAGCAGCCUCGAGUCUAAAGCAAAUGCUCUCCGUAGCUUGCCCUACGCUGUUCACAGAGCAUUUGCCAAUGGCACUCAGUGCUUCCUGUGCUAGAGCCCUCUGUCGCCUUUAUGUUCUCCCACCCAUGGGACAAUAAUCAAACUAGCACUUGCUUCUGUUCGACUGUUUCAGGAUGGGCCUGCUCGGGAGUCAACUAGCUCAGUGAAAGAGGGCUGGGUACUUGGGAUUGUCUGACUCAGAAGAUUGGCUGCCUUCUGAAAAAAGUUGGUUUAAAUAAAGGCAUGUGUAUAGCUGUUC